CCCCAGCCCCCCUUCCUUGUCAGUCCUGCACCAAAUCUUCCAUAUGACAAACUAGAGAUAACAGCAGCACACAAGUGACAGACACAGGCAGAGCAGGCACAAUGUUCCCACUAAGCAUUUCAUCAUUGCUCGCAUUAGUUCAGAUAAUUCUAGUCUUCCCCGUGGCACGUGGCACUGAUUUCCGCUCUGCUUUUUCUGUCGCUCGCACCAACAGCAUGGAAGGAGGCCCCGAGAUGGUCAUUACAUUUGACAAAGUUUACGUGAAUAUUGGAGGGGAUUUUGACCCUAAAGCUGGUCUGUUCCGGUGUCGAAUUCCGGGAGCAUAUUAUUUUUCUUUCACGGUUGGAAAGUUUCCAAAAAAGAAUUUGUCAGUGAUGUUGAUGAAGAAUAAGAACGAGGUUCAGGUGAUUGUCUACGAUGAGCAUCAUCACAAAGAACGGAAAGUUGCAAGUCAAAGUGCGAUGCUCCAGCUGGACUAUGGGGACACAGUUUGGCUUCGUCUUCACGGAGAUCCAAAAUAUGCCCUUUACAGCAACGUUGGUCCAUACACAACCUUUAAUGGAUAUCUCAUCUACCCAGAUACAUCUUCCUAUUUCCAGAGUAGCAGUGAUUCUUAUAAACUCCACAAUUCUCAAGGUAUGACAGUAUCCAGAGAGGCAUCUUCAGAGCAGAACGAGAUCUUCAAACCAAACUCAAUGAUGGCAGACCAACCAGCGUUAAACACAGAUCCCAGGUCUGCAUUUUCCGUUGCCCGCACACAAAGUCUUGUUGGUUCGGAGGACAGGAAAACUCAACAUCAGCCCAUUACCUUCGACACUCAGUUUGUAAACAUCGGGAAGGAUUUCAAUCUUAGUGCUGGAGUAUUUCGAUGUCGGGUGGCUGGGGCCUACUAUUUUUCAUUUACCAUAGGGAAAAUGCCUUACAAGACUAUGUCUGUAAAACUGAUGAAGAACCAAAAUGAAGUCCAAGCGAUGAUUUAUGACGACAGCCACUCCAAAAAGCGGGAGAUGCAAAGUCAGAGUGUGAUGUUGUCUCUCCAGCCAGGAGAUACAGUGUGGCUUUACAGUUAUGGUCGUGAUGGGUACGGCGCUUACAGCAAUCACGGCAAAUACAUCACUUUCACUGGGUUCCUGGUUUAUUCAGAGGAGACUCCCAAACACAUGCCUGUCACAAACCUGAAAUCAGAAGUCGUUCUAACUGAGAUUUGAUACGAUGAGAAUCACAGAGACUUGUACGACUUCUGUCCCAGGAUUUGUAUAUUUCUUUGCACCCCAAAUCUGUGUCAGUGAGCAUGUUCUAAAAUGUUUUUACUGUCUCUUAAUACUGCAUGCUCCUGUCCUGGGUGGGAUAAACCUUCAUUUUACAUAAAUCAUUCCAAAGAGAAUUAGAAAUGAUGAAUCUGUAUGGGAGGGUGUUUUUAAAUGUAACUCACUGUGUAAAAUGCAAAGGGAGGGGAGGGGGGGCACAGAGCACCAUAUACAUGUUACGCAGCACCAAAGGGAAAUAUUAUAAAAUAAAACCAUUUUCUACCAACAGUGUUGCUUAUUUUUAGAUGACCCUAAAAAGUGUGUAUUAAUUUCAGCAAGGGUCAAUUCACGUACAUAUUUUCAUUGACAUUUUGCUUUUAGGCUAUUUUUGUAGUCCCUAAUUGCUAAAUUUUCAGAAUACGGAUGCUCUUGAACGUUACUUUAAUAAUAAUAAUAAU